GUGUAAUUUCUUUUUGGUUAACCCUCUUCAUCAGUCGUAACUAUGGGUGGUUGUAUGGGAACAUCUCGAGAUCCAAGCAUAAGAGUCAGCUCUGGUAGCGAUCAAUUUGGUAGUACGCCAGGAGGUACUGUAGUUAAUGCACUAGUUUCUAUCUUCGCUUAAUGUCUUGACAAGUUCUAUUGUCGAUUAACGGGGACUAAAAAAAACUAAUGUGCUUUGAGUUGAUCGAUACUGUUUUAUUUUUUGCAGUUACUUUGGGUCGCAAUCAACCACUGAAGAAAGAGAGACCGCCAUGGACUUCUGAAAUUCCUCUUACAGAAGGCCAACUCCGUAGUAAAAGAGAGGAGUUUUGGGAGACUGCGCCUGCUUUUGAAGGGCGGAAGGAGAUUUGGGAUGCGUUAAGAGCAGCUGCUGAAACGGACGAUCAUACUUGGGCGCAAGCAAUUGUAGAUGGAGCAAACAUUACUCUUCCCACAGGUGAGCGCUGAGAAGUUGUCUUAAUUUGGAGCACGGCGAGGGAACUAAAAAUGUAUGUCGAACGAUCGCUCAAGUCACGCAAGAAAUACCAUAGCGAUGAAUUUUUUUGUCCGAGUAGAAUUCUCUGUAAAUUUUGUCGGUAUUCCUAUGAGUCUUUAAACGUCUCUAAUCGGCUGAUCUAAUAUACCCAUAGCGAUUUACCACGUCAAAAAACGGAUUUGAAGUUCGUGUGCAAUACUUAUUUUUUGUUGUUGUUAAGAUGCGAGACAGUAGGUUCGCAUCCUGUUCUUAAAAAUGCACUCGCGAAUCAUGAAAGACUGUGUAUAUGCUGCAGAUGGUCCAAGUGCCAACUUUCAACAUGUUUCGAUAACUGAUCGCGCUUCCAAAAGACUAUAUUUAGUUCUCUGUUCUAUUGCUGAGUUGUUUACUUAAAUGGUAAUGGAAACUCAAACAAGCUGUAGCCUUGAAUAUAAUAUCAAGAGACAUCACUCGACAUAAACACCAAGAUGUACUCUAAUUUAUGCGGGAGUUUAUGUUGAUCGUAUUGUAGCUGAACAUAUCGAGUUCGUGUGGGUGAAGCGGAAAUUGCUCUCACCUGACCAGCCGGUUGGUUCGAAAGCUGUACUUGCUUAAGGGAGGUGUAUUAGAAAUACACUUCCCCAUCAUGUCAAAGAAAAUUGAAUAUUUCCUUUCCUGAACAAUCAAUAGACAUUUAUGUAUCUUCAGAUGCUCAUUUGAAUGUAUUAGCUGAGUAGUUGUGUUGCUCAUGAAUUGUGAGUGUCAGCUCUCAGCAAUCAAGAUGUUAACUAAAAAUUUUUUCAAGACCACAAUUAAUGUUAUUCUAAUUACUUUUGUCAAUUUUUUUCAUAAACUGAAUGCCUGUCUAGCAUACAAAUUUUAUUUAUCUGUUGUAGCAAUUAUUAUUGUAGGAAAAUAAGAAAACAGGAUAUUACACGACAAACUUAAAUUUUGGGUAGUGGUAAUUGCAGGUAAACACAAGGUUAAAUUUGAAAGAUGAUUCAGCAGUGCUCAUUGUUUCCAUUCUCCCCCCCCCCAUUUCAAUUAAUUCAGCCAACAGGUAAUGAGAGUAGGCAUGAUAAUCAGCUUAAGGUGGAUUCCAUAUGGAAUACCAAAUUCUGGUAAUUGAUUUUAAGGAAAACUGAGCAACAGAAAGGGAGAAUCACUAUACAGAUGUUCAGGAUUAGAGGUUUAGAAGUGUCUAGGGAGAGCUGGGAAUGCAGAGGAUCAUCUUGUCUCAUUUUGCCCUUUAUUUUCUCUCUCAGGUAGUAUGUGGGUCAUGAUGGGUCAUGAUGGGUCAUGAUGGGUCAGUUUAGCAGGCUGUAUUUCACUGACCUGCUCAAUUUAAAUGUUUGUUUGAAUUGAAAAAUUUCCCCUCCAUUUGAACUCAGACAUAUAAGAAAUAUCUUACAAACUGUUUUUCCGCAGUUUGUACUGUAAGUUAUGGAACCCCGCUCAGAUUUAUUGAACAGAAAAACUCCGUCUGUAACUUACAGUUUGGACCUCAAAUUUGGUUAGUAAAAGGUAUUCACUGUGUGACCCUUCCUCUGUCUCGCACUUUUGAAGACUGAUGACAAGUCAGGUUAUUCCAGAGUGCUUUCAGAGCCUCAUACCUUUAUCAUUAAACAACAUUUGAGGAAAGUUGUGGGUUGGGGUAUGAUGCUUAAGUGAGUAAGAUUACCUAGUUCUCCAUGUGUUAACUUUAAAUUUGUUUUCUUUAAGGAUCAUUGCAAGAUGCAUAUGAUGAACUUGGUAACAGAUAUGUCCUCCCAGUUUAUUGUGUGAGCAAGCCAACAAAUUUAAUCAGAGAUGAAGAUGUUAGUGGUGAGGCCAGUGCAGAAGUUGAAGAUGAUGACUCAGUGCCCACAGGGGAAGAACUGUAUAUUAAACUUCGCUUGUCCACCGGCAAGGACCUUAAAAUGACUGUAUAUACUUCAGACACUGUCCUUAAAAUUAAGAGAAAGCUUCAAAAAGUGGAAGGGAUUGAGCCAUCCAAGCAGAGAUGGUUUUAUGCAGGGCGAAUGUUGAUUGACAAGACCACAAUAGGAGAGGCGAAAAUUCCCAAAGGUCAUGUUGUGCAAGUAAUUUUGCCGCAACCUACACCUGUUGAAAACUAAAAGGUUGUAACUCAAGGCAGGCAUUUUUUGCUGCUACAAACUUUUUUUAUGUCCUAUGAAGUGUCAAACACCCAUACAGAAGAAUUCUCAACCAGGAGCCUAUUUCAGGCACUUGGUUUAGUGAAAAACAGCCUAAAGGAAAUUAAGUGAGAACAGGGUAUGCCUGCCAAUUGCCUGGAACAACUGAGAAGUUAAUCACAAUGUUAUUACAAGAAUGUUCUACUUGCCCUCAAGCAUCCUCUUCUCCGGAAGGACAUACCCAGCUUUUACGAACAAUGCACACUUGAAUGUAAAUCAGGCCAUCCCUUUAAAAUGUUUUGUUUUUUGUCACCAUCAUCCCUUUCUUGAAAGUGAGUCAAUUGCUGGGCAAAGAAAAGUAACAAAACAAUUAAUGAAGGUAACUUGAGUUCAAGUUCCCUUUCACUCCCAAAAUCCCAUUUUUAUCUAGUACUUCUCUUAACUGUCUUAAGUACAGUUCUAAAGAUGCAAAUUUUGAGAAUUUGGUAUUGGAUCAACUAAUAAUUAGCUAAUUAAGACUUAUUCUUUAUUCUCAUCACUUGUCUGCCUGAUAUUGUACAGAUAUUGUAAGGAGAAAUUCUGUCUUAAUCACUAAUUGGAGUUAAAGGGUUAAUACUUUUGAUAUUAAAUACAAGCUAGGACAUUAGAAAAAACAAAUUGUGUUUAAAUUUAAGUCUUAAUCUUUAAUAUGUGUUAAAUUAAAAUUAGCAAGAAAAAGAAUUGUGUCAAUCAGUUAAUGUGUCAGUAUAUUGCACCUUGUUUAUUUGUUAAAGUAACAUGAGGUUAGAUGAUAGGAUGGUAAAUAUUUGAACCCUUUAACUCCAAGAUCUAAUGAAUAAUUCUUCCUAUGACUGCCAUACUUUUCCUUAUAAAUUAGACAGGAGAAGUUGGUCUUAUUCCAAAGUAACACCCUCUGGUUGAUAAGCUUCUCUGUUCUCAUAACCUGUAUUCAAGAUAACUUGUUGGAAUGGUAAGGAGAAGUUAGAUGUUAUUAACUUCUGGGAAUCUCUUAGGGGUCAAAGGGUUAAGAGGAUGGCCUUACAUCACUAAGGACCAGUAAUCUUAACAUGAAAAAUGAACAUUUGAUGCUGGAAGGAUGUCCGUGUAUGGCUGAAUACUAACUGGGUAUCAUCGGUGUCAAUGGCUUACUAUGCCUAUGCUUGAUUUAAAUGUUUGUGAAUUUAGUAACCUUACUACACCUUUGGCAAGAGGUUACUGGACUGGAUUCUUGAGUUUGUAGAGAUUUAAUACCCUAUCUUCAGUUUAAUGCUGAAUUUCAAAAUAACAAGUAACUCAAGGUUAUGUGCCAAAUUAUUGUUAGCUUAAGAGCAGAUCCUUAUCAUUAGUGCUUCGUGAGUGUCUCUUUGCCUAUGGAAAAAUACAAGUUCUAGAGCAAUGUAAGCUGGGAAGAGGUUUGCAAGGGGUGUGGCACUGAUUAUUGGUGCCAGACCCUUGGUACAUCUCUCUUAGACUUGUCCCCAAUCUUCACAUGGGCAAAGAAAUGCAGGUCUUGCACUGCCAAUAAUGAGGGCAUGCUUCUAAGCUAACACAAUUUUGAGUCUGAUAUUGCUCAAUUGCAACCCCUUAAAAUCUAGCGUUCAGCUCUUAUUUUCAAUGUAGAUUAUUCUUUCUCAAGAAAUUAUAGAAUAGGGACCAUAGAUUAAUGGUGACAGAUGCUUGUCUUGCUUUACUCAUUUCUCAAUCUUCUACAAGUUGCAGGGUGUUUUGCCCUUAACAUUAAAGUUCUCUAAUCAAUCACUACCUGUGAUGAAACCCUUU